ACUGUCCUCUGGGAGGGAAGCCAGCAUUUGAUUCCUUCACUGCCUCAGCGUGUCAGGGAGGGAGGCACUCUAAUAACCAUCAGUGGAUGUUUUGCAAUCCCAUGGGUGAAGCCUUCUGGGCCAAGGGCUGAGCAGUGCCUGCCUCCUCGGCCUCGGGGACGGCCAUACACCACAGCCCCAACUGCUCCUAAGCGUAUCUAGCGCCGGCAGGGAAAUGAGGUCUCUGCAGGAGAUGAAUCUCACCACGCAAUGAAGCCAGGGGAGCGCUCACAGGACCAGAAAGCUGCUCACACGUCCAGGGGGCCUCCUGCCAGUGUCCUGGGCCUGGCGCCCUUUCCCAGCCUUUGGGACUCUCUCCUGGCAGUGCUCAACAGGCUCAGGUGGCUGUCUGAGCCACCCGUGGGAGUCCCAGUCGACUGGGGAGACAGCCACAUUCCAGUCUCCAGCUGGCUGGGAAGCUUGGCACUGAGUUCCAGCAGGCAGACAGCCAGGCUCAGGCAGGCAAGCUCUGAGGGGUGGUUCCUUCCCACUACGGGAGGCCCCAGACUGAGGAGAUGGAGGAACAGGUGUUCAAGGGGGACCCGGACACCCCUCAUUCCAUCUCCUUCUCCGGCAGUGGAUUUCUCUCAUUCUACCAGGCUGGGGCAGUGGACGCCCUUCGGGACCUGGCCCCCCGGAUGCUGGAAACAGCCCACCGCUUCGCUGGGACAUCAGCAGGAGCAGUGAUUGCAGCCCUGGUCAUCUGUGGGAUUGAAAUGGAGGAGUACCUCAGGGUCCUCAACGUGGGUGUGGCCGAGGUGAAGAAAUUCUUCCUGGGGCCCUUGUCCCCAUCCUGCAAGAUGGUUCAGAUGAUGAGGCAGUUUCUGUACCAGGUCCUGCCUGAGGACUCCUACAAGGCCGCCACGGGGAAGCUCCACGUGGCCCUCACGCGGCUCACGGAUGGAGAGAGUGUAGUGGUCUCGGAGUAUACUUCCAAGGAGGAGCUCAUCGAGGCCCUGUACUGCAGCUGCUUUGUCCCCGUGUACUGUGGCCUCAUUCCCCCAACUUACCGUGGUGUGCGGUACAUAGACGGCGGCUUCACGGGCAUGCAGCCCUGCUCCUUCUGGACCGACGCCAUCACCAUCUCCACCUUCAGCGGGCAGCAGGACAUCUGCCCCCGGGACUGCCCGGCCAUCUUCCACGACUUCCGCAUGUUUAACUUCUCCUUCCAGUUCUCUCUGGAGAAUAUUGCCAGGAUGACCCAGGCCCUGUUUCCGCCGGACCUGCUGAUCCUGCACAAUUACUACUACCGAGGGUAUGAGGAUGCUGUUCUGUACUUGAGGCGGUUGAAUGCUGCUUACCUUAAUUCUCCCUCCAAGAGAGUGAUUUUCCCCCGGGUAGAAGUGUACUGCCAGAUAGAAAUUGCCCUUGGCAAUGAGUGUCCUGAACGCAGUCAACCAAGCCUCCAAGGGGAGCAGGCCAGUCCGGAAGAAUCCACACACCUUCACAUGCAAUGGGCUCCCAAAGGGGAAGGAUGGGGUGGCCAUGGACCACCUGUGUCUCCACGUGUGCAGACACCUGAAUUCACAUGUGAGUGGCCCGUAGAGUCGUCUGUUUUGCUGCCUGUCCCUCCAUUUGAGCAGUCACCUGCAUCACCACUGGCCCUAUCACCAUCACAUUCUCCUACUGACCGGCCCCCCACAUCACUUUCAGCCGGGAACAUACCGCACAGCUCAACACCCAGGCUGUCACCUGUGUCACCAUGGCAGCAGGCACAACUGACUGGGUCAGCACCCAGAUCUGCACCCCACCGGUCAUCUCUGUCACCCACGCCAUCCUUGGGGCCUCCAGCUGUAGGGGCACCUCAAAUGCCCCAGUGUUCUCCUUCAGCGUCACUUGCACGGCCACCUGUGGAAGAACUGGGCCCAGAACAGCCCCAAGCUCCCCUUGCCACUUCAAAUCCGAAAAGUGCCAUGCCUCUGGUUAAUGUGAAAGAAAUUGCCAGCAAGCCUUAUGCAAUGGAGAACACUGUUGAAGACCCCAACUGGGUGAGCAAGGUAUUCAAGAAGAACAAACAAAAGACAAGUGGCAGCAGAAGAGGCUUCCCAAGACAUCCACGAUCCAAAAAAACAGGCAGCAAAAUUCAAUCUGCUCCCUGUCCACUCGACUUGUCUCUGCUCUCUACUUCCGGGACAGUUUGGGUCACCUACAGGCCUCAUCCCGCCCGGAUCCCGGAGUACAGCUGUCCUGAGGAAGCGAUGAGCCUAGAGAGAAAACCUGGGCUGGCACGGGAGAGGACCUGAAGACCCCAGGUAGAGCCUUCUCCCCACAGCCCUCAGAUGCCCUCCCCUCACUACUGAGCCUGAGUGACAGGGGUGGCACUUGCUGCUGAGCCUGCUGGUGGAGGGGGAGCACCUCCUCAUUUAAACACCCCUUCCAGCCCUUCCAUGCCUUGCUCUGGACAGACUGACGGACGGUGGGCAGCACAGCCUGGCACUGAGGAGCAUACAGCACAGCUUCCUGACUGCUGGGCCCUGGGCCCUGGGCCCUCCUCCCAACCCCGGCCGGAGUUUGCUUCUUCGAGACAGACCCGAGCCCCUCAGAUCUAGUCCACAUGCAGGACUGAGCCACAAACGCACUUCCCUCCUUCCUGGUGUGUUAAAAGACACCAAGUCCGAAGGGGAGAGCUUAGUAAACAUAAUGUUCUUCAUGUAAUUGUAGAUUAAUGAUAACAAAAUUUAAAAAAUAAAAUAAAAUAAUAAAAUAAAA